UAAAAACAAAUUUCUUAAAAAAAAAAAACGGAAACCAAAAAAAAUCGAAAGCGAAAUACAAUGAGCUUUGCCAUCCGUUUAAUGGCACUUUUGUGCUUAAUUAGCAGCAAUGCUUUUGUGUUAGUGUGUGCACAGCAACAAAAUGUUGAUCCCGCUUACCUGCGUCAAUACUAUCAACAAUUGCAACAGCAACAACAUCAGCAACAAGGCGACGGCACGCCAAUUUAUGAACAAAACUCCGAACAAAGCCAACAAUACGUCGCACAGGGCCAACAAUACCGCCUCAAGGAUACCGUACGUGAGCAAAUACAGGCACAGCAACAACAGCAACAUCAAGGUGGCGGUUAUGUGGCGCCUGCAGUACGUGAUUAUAACCAACAGCAGCAACAAAUUCAGCAGUACCAGCCACAAUACCGUCCGCAGCCACAGGCCGCUAGUCCACCCCGUCACUCACAGCCGCAGUAUCAGCCACAGAAAGCUAAAUUGCAGCGUCCACAACAACAACAGCAAAACGAGGAGGAGGAAUACGAUGAUCAAAACUCUUCCUACCAAUUCGGUUUCGAUGUUAAAGAUGAUGAAUUCACCAACUAUCAGAAUCGUAAAGAAGUCCGUGAUGGCUCUGUCAUUAAAGGCAGCUACUCUGUGGUAGAUUCCGAUGGUUUCAUACGUACCGUUAAGUAUACAGCUGAUCCCAAGGAGGGUUUCAAGGCCGAGGUGAUUCGUGAGCCGACCGAUAUUGUUGUUAAGAUACCAACGCCUGCUCCUCAACCUUUGGUGCGUCAAACUCACAAAUCGCAAGAUUAUGCGCUAAAGCCACAGCAACAACAAUAUCAUCAACCCCAGCAAUAUCAUCAUCCACAGCAAUACCAACAAUAGAGGGGGAUAUUCGUUGGAGUGCCUUGAGACGAGCAUAAUGGAGCGGUAAUAAGUUGGAGUGACUGUUGACAAAACAGUUCUGAGACAGAGUCGAUUUUUAUGUGGUAGUCUAUUUGACUUUAUGCGUUAGUCUAUGAAUAUUGUGGGCGUGGUUCCGGUACGCGACCAUAUCCAUAGGUUGCAUUCGGCGCGUUUAUAAUUAAAUUUAUUUUCAUUUUUCAUCAUAGGUUAUAAAUAUAUUUAAAUCAUCAUCCUUUGCUCGAGAACCAUUAAAAGACAAUAUGUAUUGUUGUAUGUAUGAAAUUUUAAUUUAUGUGCAUAUAGAAUUUUUUUAAU